AUGCAAGAGCGACUGGAGGCUCUUGAAAAGACAUUACAGAGACUGAGAAAUGCCACCGACCUCGAGCGCUCCAAAUUACUGGAAGAGCAUUUUAACAGUGAUAUAACGAGUCAUGAAAAUACAAACGUUUCAGGCCACAAUGCUCUGCCUGUGGUUGAACGGAAUACAGAAGUCUGCACUUCGGCAGAUGAUGAUUUAGCAAAUUUAUUGGACGAAACCACCGUUACGAAGAAUGGGCAGAUAGAUUUCUUCGGACCAACAAGCCACUACCACGUGCAACGAGAGAAGGGCGUACGAAUCCCCAGUCGGCUCUCUGUGAGCAGGGAAACGGACAUCUUGUACAGCUCUCUGACCAUUCGUGGUAUGCCAAAUGCGGCAUGCGCACCAGCGACUCGCCCGCGAGAUGACUUGCGAUCUGCCCUGUCACCAGAAAUUCCAGAACCCUUAGUGGACGAGCUACUAGAUGUGUAUUGGUGUUGGCCACACCAUUUCCAUCUCGUUCUAUGCCGAAAGAUCUUCAUGAGAGAUUUAAGCAUUUCUGGACCAUUUGUGACAGUAUUCCUUCUAAACUGCACAUUAUCUCAGGCAGCUCGGUUUUCGGACAGGCCUAAUGCUCCAGAAUCAAGUACUUUUUUUGCCAAGAAGGCACUAGAAUGCCUACCCGAAGAACUAGAGAGAGGAUCUUCAAUCCCAACACUACAGGGCCUGCUGAUCCUAUCAGCUAGAGAAUGUACAUACGGUCGAACUUCUCAAGGUUGGAUAUAUUCUGGAAUGGCAUUUCGAAUGAUGCGCGAUCUUGGCAUCCAUAUUCACCCUCACUUGCUGAAUCAUCGCCUCGGAGGCCAACUCACCGCAGAUGUUUUGGCAUUACGGCAACAAAUCUUCUGGAGUUGCUACACAUGGGAUAAAGCUAUCAGCAUGUGCCUGGGACGCCCACCGAUGAUUCAUGAAAGGCAAGAGGUACCGACUCCAGAUGCUUGGCCCGAUGGUGAAGAAAUGGAUAAUGAUCCCUGGUGUCCUCUUUUACCAACUCCUCUCCCCCCCAACAUAAGUCUGGCUCAAAAGUCGAAUACUGCAACAAGAUUUUCGGCUUAUUGUCAUCUAUCUGUAAUGAUGAAUGAGAUUCUCGAUACUUUGUACGCGCGCGUUCACACGGAUCAAGAACUGCUGGAUGGAUAUUUCGAACAUACCAUCAAAAAGCUUACCAGCUGGGCUGAAUCCCUUCCAACUGACAUAUACUUGCAAGAAAGCACAAGGAUAACAUCUUGCCCCCCCUUACAUAUCCUCCUGUUCAACAUGGUAUAUCAGGCUACUAUUGCCUUGUUGUGUCGCCCAUUCCGUGCUCUGGACAUCAAUGCAAAAGAUGCAGCUACAAAAGCUGCUCAAAUGAUCGAUCACCUUGCGACACUCCAUAUUCGCCGAUUCGGCUUUCGAGUUCUAACCUACUUAGAAACAUAUACAAUCUUCGUCGGAGCCACAGUUAAUCUCUUGGACCUAAAAGAAGGAAAUGAAGCAGAAGCAGAAGCCGCCAAAGCACGCUUGGCUUUUAACAUUGCAAUCCUUCGCAGCUCCCGGAGCACAAUGUCAACUAUUCAGAGUGCCGAAGUAAUUGAACAGGCCCUAGCGGCCGAUAAUAGUUGUAAACCGACCAUGAUUACAAGCUGCACAGAACAGUUCCAUCAAGACCCACCAUCAUCCCACUUGAUCCAAGAAACGAAUCCAGAGGUACAACCGGCAGGUAUGGACGAAGCGUAUAGGUCUAUGUUUGUAUCCCAGGAUCAACAGUUUAGACCGAUGAGUAACCAGAAAGACCUGGAAGAAUUUAAUGUCUUUUAUAAUCUGGAUCUGGAAGAGGUAAGCCUUGAGCGGAUGCUAGGAUCUAACACCUUGGGUGAUAUACAAAACUUCCUCGCGGAGGUCGACUCAAGUGUCAUAGCAGGCAAUUGUGAUUUAAAUCACGACGGAUAA